UGUGGCAUAUGUGUUUUGGCAACUCUGCUACCAGUACACAUGACCCUCUAGUAGGUACAUACUGUACAUACGUACCCUUCAUCAUGCCUUCCUUCGUCCUUGAGCCUGCAUCGAUCCCCAAAGCCAUCUAAGACCCGUCGAGGAGCCCGAGAACGAUUCGAUCGAGGAUCAUCAUCCACACUCCUCCUCCUUUCCGGUUGGAGUGCCAGUGUGCGUCUGUCUGUCAGUCAGCCGGCCCCAUCCUGGCCUGGCCGACGAGUGGACUGCAGUCCAUCCACGUAUGUACAUCUACAUCUAGACGCCGUGUCACCCAGUCAGAGAGGCGGCCGACCCGGAGCACUCACUCGCCGCCGAGUGAUAAGGUGGUGGUGAUCACUGAUCAGUGAGUGGUAUUAGCUGGACGGCAUGCCGUUGUCAGUUUCGGCGGCUGCGAGCACCACCCAACAACUCGGAAGGCACGUCAUGAAGAAGAUACUCGUGGUGGGUGGGGGUCUGACCAGUGCCGUUACGGCCUCGCUCCUCAGUCCCCAUGCCGCGUCAUCCCAGCCGCUUAGUGUCACGGUCUGGGAUAAGGCUCGGGGGGCGGGUGGGCGCAUGUCCACCAGCCGCAGUCCCGGCAACCCCGAUUGUACGCUCGACUUGGGCGCUCAAUAUAUCACCGUCAACCCCACUUAUGCCGUGGAACACAAGUCGGAUUACGAGGCCUUGGUGGCCGCCGGGCUCUUGGCUCCCCUCCAGGCCCAGGUUCUGGGCAUGAAGCCCAUGGACGAGGCUCAGAACCACUACGUGGCGCCCCGAGGCUGCUCCAGCUUGGUUAAGCAUUACUUGGCCCAAGCCAAGUGCGAGGUGGGAUUCGGUCACCACGUCUCCGAAGUGACCAGACAUCAAGCCCAAUGGACGGUCAAGACCCAGAACGGCGUGAGCGACCAGUUUGACGUGGUGGUGUUGACCAUGCCCCUACCUCAGGUCUUGGCCCUGGGCGGUUCCAUCCAGGAUACCUUGAAGGAGCAGCAUAACGGAUUAUCGCAACUGCUUCAAGACGUGCAGUACAGUGCUCGGUAUGCCCUGGGCUACUUCUAUGACGAACCCGUCGAUUUGAAGCUCGACUUCGACGCUCAAUACAUCCAGGACGAUCCGGUGCUCCGAUUCGUAAGCGUGGACAAUCGGAAACGGGGACUGGGUCCGGAUUCACCCACCUCACUCGUGUUCCACACUUCCGUGUCGUUUGGUCUGGAGCAUGUGGAAAGCACGCCUCAAGCGCUCCAGGCGCAAUUGGUGGCGUGCGUACGCGCUCGCUUCCCGGAUCUACCCGAACCCAAGCACGUCAAGUGUCAGAAGUGGCGUUACUCACAAGUGUCGCGGCCCUUGACCGGCAUGCCCGGUUUCGCCAUUCUCGAGCGUCAGCCUUUAUUGAUUGUGGGCGGGGAUGGACUGACCCACUCGAAUUUUGAUGGCUGCUUAAAAUCGGCCAAAGCCGUGGCGGCCCAAGUGUUAGCCAGUUUCAAAGAAUAGAUUGAUUGCUCUGCCUUUUAUGCACCGA